UUAAAAAAGUAUAGGGGUAUGAGACAUAAUCUGAACACAAAAAUUAAAAUGUGUCAGUCCAAAAAUAUCUUAAUUUUUCGCAAGGCUAUUUAUAAAAAUCAAUCGAUUGAUCCAGCCAGACCACGUCUUAGCUUUUAUUGAUCAAGUUCAUUUCAUUUCACAACACGUCAUAUUAUAUCAAUGUCAUUCUGGGAUAAUAAUAAGGAUUCCAUUAAGGCAGCAGGUCUAGCUACCGCUAAGGGGAUUGGUCGUGGGACCAAAGCACUUGGUAAAGGUGGUUAUCAAAUGUAUAAGAAUCGUAAUGGUUCUUCAGGUGGGACUAAUCCAAAUCCAAACGGUGCCGAUCAACCUGAUGGUGAACAACAAGGUGGAGUACCUUAUAAUGGACCUCCUUUACAGAAACCUACAGUUGAACAAUUGAAAACUUUACCUCCUCCUCCACAACGUAAUGUUGGUGCUUUUCCUCCUGGUCAAGGUAAUUAUCCUACUCCAUCCAAUCAACCUCAAUACAAUACAAAUCAACAACAGCAACAGUAUCAGCAACCUCAACAACAAUAUCAACAACAGCCUCAACAGCAACAGCCUCAACAGCAACAGUAUCAACAACAACCCCAACAACAAUUUCUGCAACAACCUCAGCAAUUUCAACCUCAACAGCCCCAACAGCCCCAACAACAGCAACAACAGUUCCAACAACCACCACAACAACAAUUUCAACCUCAGCAACCCCAACAACAACAGUUUCAACAACAACAGGCUCCGCAGUAUCAACCUCCUCAACAACAAUUCCAACAACCUCAAUAUCAACCACCCCAACAACCGCAAACACAAGCACCACCUCAAUUUCCUCAACAAAUACAACCACCUCAGCAACAACAGGGAUACGGUCAAACACCUCAAGCCCAAGCUCAGCCUGCUCAACAACAGCAACCUCAACAGUCAUUCCAAGAUCAAUUGCAAAACACACUUUCAAGUGCUAUUACUAAAGGUGUACUGAAUGGAGUACAACAAGCUGCUCACCAAGCUGUACAACAAACGUUGCAUCCCAAUGGAUCGCAGAAUUCUCAAAAUAGUUCUCAAUCACAAUUACAACAACCUCAACAAUUCCAGGAACAGCAACAGCAGCAGCCCCAGCAAUUUCAACAGCAACAACUUCCACAAUUUCAACAACAAUUUGCACCUCAACAGCCUCAACAGCAACAGUUUCCAUCUCAACAACCACAGCAACAACAACAGUUUCAACAACAGUUUCCACCUCAAACUCAGCCAGAUCGUAGUCUUCCACCCCCACCACCACGAACAAAUGUAGCACCAGUAGCUACACCAUUUCCUCCAGCUGGAACAGUUAGUAACGAUUCGAUCACUUACGAUUCACCAUAUCAUAAUCCAAAUACAGUUCCUCAAUAUGGUCAACCAGCCCAAUUUCAACAAAAUGAUCCUGUACCAACAUAUUCUGCCCAGCAGCAAUAUCCUGCUCAAGAUCAACCAUUAGAGACUACUGAAUCUGAAACCCGUCCCAAAUAUAAUUUUGGAGUUCGUGUUGAACUGAAUGAAGAAGAAGUCGUAAAGCCUAAAGUUCCACUUCCAGAUCCUACCUCAUUUGCCCCUCCUCCUGUUCAUAAGAAUAGAGGUUCAGCUGAACAUACUCCUGUUCCGGUUACACCAAAGUAUCCCGCUUUUUCAAGUUCACUGAAGGUACAACCACCAGUAGCUACUUAUACACCAACUUCUGAUCAAGCAAGUGACACGUCCGCAACUGAAUCAGAAGUAUCAACUGGUCCUGCGAAGAGUAAUUUCUUAAAUAUUGAUUUGAGUAAAGUUGGACCACCACCUCCAAAGAUUUAUCGUGCUCCAGGAUCUGAAGUGAUUCCAAAGAAGCCACUUCCACCUAGAACUGGUCCAUCUGCUGUACCUGCUCCAUUACCACCAAGAAGCACUAUUGCUGGCGAAGUCCCAACCCCUGCAGCUGUUCCAGCUCCUACGCCAGCACCAACACCAGCACCAGUUUCAGAGACGAAACCUUUAACUUCAUUCCUUCCACCACCCCAGAUUUACAGAGGUCCAGGUGAACAACUUUUAGUAAAGGAAAGUAAACCAAAUAGAGAUACUCAUAAGGGCCCACCACCAAAGCCAAAGAAGCUAUCAGCUAAAGAAGAAGAGGAAGAAGAAUCACCACCAGCACCAGCACCAAUUAGACCAACACAUGAAGAUGAGGUAAGUCAUGAGCCUGCCAUAGCAAUUACAACUACUAAGAAGGCACCACCUCCCAAGCCUGUGAAGAAAUCAUCAUUAACUGAUCGUGAAAUUCCUCCACCACCUUAUGCGGUUGAAGAUCAUCCUAAACCAGUUACUCGUACUAAUUCUUCACAACAACCAAAUUUCGCUUCUCAAAUUGCUGCCAGGUUUGCUGAAACAUCAAUAGCUGAUGAACCAAGUGAAAUUAAACCUAAAAAAGCAGCUCCACCACCAGUUAAGAAGAAGCCAAUUCAAGAGGCAGCAGAAGAAGAAAUAGUUGAUUUUAGACUGGUGUUGAAUAAACAAUUGAGACAUGGUAACGUAGGUGGUCCAAAACCAUUCACUCCAAAGCCAAAACCAGAGAUACAUCAUAAACCUGUUGAAGAAGCACCGAUACUAAUUCCAAAAGCAAAGCCAGAGAUUGCUCAUAAACCUAAACCUGAAGUCAAAGCUAAGCCUGAAAUCGGCCAUAAACCAAAACCUGCCAUACCUGUCAAACAUAAGCCAGAAAUCCCAGUGAAGGCAACUACCCCGGAAACUAUUCCUGUACCACCUCCGCCAAGAAAUUAUGUUAGAUCUCCAGCUGCUGUUCCACCUAUCGCUGCUCUUAUUGAAGCUCCAGUUCAAACUGGUCCCCCUAAUUUGAAUUUAGAAUUACAUACGGGAUGGUUCGCCAAUUUAUCAGGUCCAUUAACUUUACCAAAGGAUCUCACCGGCUUAAAUUAUUCCACCUCAUUACAGUCUUCGUCUUCUGGUUCGGUUACGAAUUAUGAACGUGGUGUGAGUUUAAGAUUAAAAGAUUUAUCAAUUCUCAAGUAUAAGAUCAAAUGGGCCAGUAAUAAUGUCAAUAAUGCAACUGUUGAAAUUACACAGUAUGAUCCAUCACCAAUCACAACUAAAAUUCCAAGUAGAGGUGGUUUAUUAACAUAUCAUCAGAAAUAUGGAGAAUACAUUGCUGGAUGGUGUGAACAUCAUUACGGUCAACAAGUUGGUUCAGGUGAAUGUUGGGAUCUUGCAAAAGAUGCUUUACUCAAAGGGUGUGGAAAGCAUGCGUUUGUAUCUACUUACUAUCAUCAUGGAUAUCCAAUUCUUGAAAUUGAAGGUGUGAAUGGAAGUGUAGCUUUGGCACUUGGCACUUCACAAUUGGAUGAAGUUAGAAGAGGUGAUAUUUUACAAUUCAAAUCAUGUAAAUUCUUUAAUGCAGCCUUGGGAAGAACCCAACAUGUUGGUGCUCCAGAUCAUACAUCAGUGGUAUUAGGUAAUACUGAUGGUAAAAUUAAAGUUGCAGAACAGAAUGUUAAUGGCGUAAGGACAGUUAUGGAUGGUGAAUACAUCCUUAAAGACUUAGUUGAAGGUAAACUUACCGUAUAUAGACCAAUUGAUGCAGAAUGGGCAGGAGACUUUUAAUUUACAAAAUUUAGAUUUCAAUUUUUUUUAAUCUUUGCAAUAUAAGAUGUAG